AUGGUCAAAGCACAUGUGCGAUCGCCACCCAACUCGAAGCUCAUUUCAUUAUAUUUAUUUGAUGCGGUAGCCAGACACGCACAAGAAAUUGUUCGUCGUCAUGGAGUCGGGUUUAUUUCAAAUAUACCGUCCUCUGAAUUGGCCACGAAUGCAAGCACAUUCCUACACGCAUUGCAGGACCCAGCAGCUCAGGUUGGCAUCGAUAGUUUGAAACAUACACCUGAAGAGCAGCGUGAAAAAGUUCGGAAAGUGAUUGAUAUUUGGGAUCGUGCCGGAACGUUUAGUGCGAAAAUUCUACAACAGAUUCGCGAUCAGACCACGUCACCUAACGGUGCGUCGUCCAAGCCCGUUGAGGAUAGAGGACAAGUCGCUCCCACAUCGUCAGGUCUCCCAGCCAACGUGUUGGAACUCCUCGGUCAAGUUUCGCAAAGACAGCAAGGAUCGUUGACGACAUCAGUGGCCCCAUCUGCUAAAGACACACCAACCUCAGCACCAUCCUCGCGUCGCUCCGAGAUGUCGCAAGCAGCCUUUCCUCAAGGUGGAUCUUUUCAUGACCGCAACUCUUUCUCCUCACCAGAAGCAUCAGCCUCUUCCUCUGAUACUGAGGCGAAAAAUGAUUUACGGGCCUUUGAUCAGGCCUCAUUUGACCCUACCAAUUCUGAGCACUGGGAACGCUUGUCGUAUCUCUGGAAGAACACGUAUAAGGCACGUUGCAUUUAUAUCCAUUCACUUUGUAUCUAA